GGAAACUUUAGUUGAUGCACACUCAUUUCUCUUCCGGACUCGUUCCCUCUCGGUUGUGUGCGGACAGCGAGCUCAGUGCUAAGACCAGACACGUGGAGAGGAACGCCGUCCAUCAUUGAAUCUGACUCCAGGGCAGCUGUCUGAGGAAGAAAGAUGGCUACCCCUCUCAAGAAACAGAGGGGCAUGCCUCGUAGUCAUGACUGUCAGCAGUGUGGGAAAGAGAUCUCUUCUUCAUCAGGUUUAAAGAAGCAUAUGCGAGUUCACACUGGAGAGAAACCAUACGGCUGUGAGAUCUGUGGGAAAGCUUUCAAACAGUCAUCUGCAUUGAAGCGUCAUACGCGCACUCACACCGGAGAGAAACCAUACAGCUGUGAGAUCUGUGGAGACGCUUUCACACGUUCAUCUGCAUUGCAGAGUCAUAUCUACACUCACACCGGAGAGAAACCAUACAAAUGUGAGGACUGUGGUAAAAGUUUCAGUCAGGUGGGUAACUUCAAGAAACACAGAAACAUCCACACCAGAGAAUUACUCUACCCUUGUCAGGAUUGUGGAAAAGUCUUUACUAAUCAAGAUACUUUAAAGCGUCAUGAGCGCAUUCACACUGGAGAGAAACCAUACAGUUGUGACCAAUGUGGUAUGGCCUUCUCUCGAGCAAGUAUUCUCAGGAUCCAUCAGUAUCGCCACACUGGAGAAAAGCCAUUCAGUUGUGAUCAGUGUGGGAAAGCCUUCUCAAAGUUAGGGACCCUCAGCGUACACCGCCGCAUUCAUACUGGAGAGAAACCGUACAGCUGUGAGCAGUGUGGGAAAACCUUCAGGAAAAAAUACGACUUAACUAGCCACCAGCAGAUCCACACUGGAGAGAAACCCUUCAGCUGUGAGAUCUGUGGGAAAGCUUUCACACAUUCAUAUUUACUGAAGCGUCAUAUACGCACUCACACUGGAGAGAAACCAUACAAAUGUGAGGAUUGUGGUAAAAGUUUCAGUCAGUUGGGUCACUUCAAGGUUCACAGAAACAGCCACACCAGAGAAUUACUCUACCCUUGUCAGGAUUGUGGGAAAUUCUUUACUGGUCAAGGUGCUUUAAAGCGUCAUGAGCGUAUUCACACUGGAGAGAAACCAUACAGCUGUGAGCAAUGUGGUAUGACUUUCAUUCAAGUAUAUCCUCUCAGGAUCCAUCAGCGCCGCCACACUGGAGAAAAGCCGUUCAGUUGUGAUCAGUGUGGGAAAGCCUUCUCAGUUUUAGGGAGUCUCAAGUUACACCGCCGCAUUCAUACUGGAGAGAAACCGUACAGCUGUGACCAAUGUGGGAAAACUUUCAGAAGAAAAAAGCAGUUAACAAGCCACCAGCAGAUCCACACUGGAGAAAAACCCUUUAGCUGUGGGCAAUGUGGGAAAACCUUCAGGAUAAAAAUCAACUUAAAAUUCCACCAGCAGAUCCACACUGGAGAGAAACCACACAAAUGUAGACACUGUGAGAAAGCCUUCAAAAGUCGAGGGGAAUGCAUCAGACAUGAACACGUCCACACUGGUCUGAAACCAUACAUCUGUGGGGAGUGUGGGAAGAGUUUUAGGAGAUUAUCUUCACUUCGCUAUCAUGAACUCACCCAUACUGGAGUCAGAGAGUACCAGUGUGAGCGCUGUGACAAAAGGUUUGUUUCAGCUCGCAGUCUUGAGGAGCAUCUGCGUAUCCACACCGGACACAGGCCAUACUGGUGUGUUGGUUGUGAGAAAAGCUUCAUAAGGAGAUCUGGGGUGAGAACACACAAAUGUGUCAAAAAAGAGGGCUAAAGUUCUUUGUAGUCUUCAACGUGUAAUUGUUCUACACUAACUGUUCAUAACUAGAAGAAUGAAUCAGCUUUAGAAAAAGGAUAAAUGAAGAUUAAACACAGAGACUUUUAAAACACUUGUGCUGAGUCUUGAGAGUGUUAAUGUUGUAAAUGUUUUCAUCCAAACUAAAGAAUUGUAGUAAACAGUUCAAUCUUGAAUGCACACAAUUAUGUUUGAAAGUCUAUUUACAGACGACCACACUACUAGCUACAACCAGAAAUAUUCAAGCAUUUUAAAUAGUUUGAACAUUUCUGACUGUUAAUAUAUAAAAAAGAAUUGUUUUUAUUUUUCAGCAUAUUUUUCAAUAGUUUUUUUUUUUUUUUUUUUUUUGCAUACUGUUUUGAAAUAAAACCAGCCAACUCUAACAUUUUAAGGUCUGUUUGGGCAGUUUAACUUGAAAUGAGUCUGUUAUUACUUGUUAGUUUAAAUAAUUUAGUGAUGUUUUGUUCAGUAAUCUGAAUUUAUUGUUAUAAUAGAGUUGUUAACCUUCUUCUUUUUCAUGCUUGGCUUUUCAAGGCACAAAAACUCUCUAAUCCUGACUUCAGUUUUAAAUUGAACUUGUAAUGAUUGAAUAAUAAAACAGGAAUGGUUCU